GGCUGAGCAAGUGACAAAGCUCCUUUACAACCACAUGAACCACAAGUCUGCCGUUUAAAUCGCCGCUGCGUCCUCUACAACCUCUAACCACCUAUGUGACCGCUGAGAGACGCUGAAUUCGGCCUUCCACGACAUCCGCCAAAGUCCGAUGGGGAAUCGAUGAGCUCCGCAACGAGUGCCCGCAACACUCCCCAGGCGGCUCAAACCACCGGUGACACCCAGUACAAUGUGCGCGAUGCCGCUCUUCGCGGAGCAUCAUCAGCCUUUUCGAAGCCUCCCGUGAAACCAAAGCCACAAGUCAACACAUAUACCGGCGGAAACAAUGGAGCCUUGUUGGCAGCCACCAAAGUAGGCACAGGCACUCCACGCCAGACGUCGCCCAUACGACAAAAUUGGACAGGCGGAAGCUCCACAGGCAGACCGAAUCCAUCUCCUAUACAGCUCGCGAGCAAAUCGAGUAGCUCGAGUACCCUUGAUGUGCCAGUGGACAGCUUCUUGGAGCGAACCCCGUCUCCGUCUAACAUUGCGGCGAAGUUGGCGGCAGCGAGACACAGUCCCCUGAAACCCAUACCACAGGCCGCAAUCAUUUCUAUGUCACGAGAACGAGAUGAUGAUGACAGGGAUAUACUGCCUCCUCCGGGAAGUGUUGGCAAUGUAUUGGCGAGGCUGAACUCGAGCAGCCCACAGCCACUGAGGAGGCGGGCGAGCAUCGGAUCGCAGUCGGCUGCCAACACCGUGCGGGAGACAAGGGAAGACACGAGGGCUACGGAUGACUCCCCAAUUCCUCCAACGACGUCGCUUGUGAAGAUGUUCGAACAACACCGGCCGACCACACCUGUAAAGCGAAGGCUGGAGCCCGCUGUUGUCUCACAAGCCCCACCUCCAGUGCGGUCGCCCAAGCCGCAACGCAUAGUCAGCCUCCCGCGAGAUAUCGACGCCUUUGAUGGAACGCGACAGCAGCCGCAGGGUGCUCAACCGGCCAAGCCGAAGCCGAAGCCGCAAAGGAAGCUCACAUUGCCGGCGGAGGAACCAAAGGAACAUCCAAACUUCAGCAGUCUUCGAAAAGACUCCCUGGGUACGCCUCCAGUAAAGCAGAAACCCGCGCAGUUGACGGCAGUCAAAUCUACGCCUCCGCGAUCGAAGAACUCUCGUCGAGCAUCUCAACCACGAUCUCAAGACCUGUCUCAUUCUACGUCUUUCCACAACCGCUUGUCUAGUUCUCUAGAUAGCAACGAGAACAUGUCUUCACCAUCCUCUUACGCAUCCGCCCCCGAGGAGCUCGAGGAGAAACUGAAGCCAAGUCUUCCUCCACCCCGCCGCUCUGCGAAGGCUAGAUCAGAAGAUGUCGACCGCAGAAACUUCGAAGCCCGCCCUAAAACCGCUCCAUUACCCCCCACAUCUCGAGCACUGAACAAGAUUGCGUCUCCCAUACAUCCUCCUGAGAAGUUUCCUCCCCCUCGCAGCACCCCCUUAAUGGGCUCACCCUCACCUACCGACACCAUCUACCAUUCAAACUACCAGCGUGAAUCCGUAAAGGCUAUCACAAAACACAUGACUGGCGAAUCCCUUUCCAACGCCAUUGUCGGCGCAGCUCUCGCCUCCUCCCGUAACGCCUCCCCCGCCCCAUCCAUGACCGCUACCCCGCCGCCUCUACCCGCUCGAAGACAGCACCACCACCACCACCGUUUCCACCAUACGCGGUCUCUGUCCCCCCCAAAGACCUCCGGAAAACUACGCACCACACUACGCAAAGAACCCUCAUCCUCCUCCUCCGAAGACGAGAGCGAAAAGUACAAAAGAAAAGGAAGUCGGAUCAUGGGCGUCGGCCGCAAACACCCAAACAAGCACCACGAAGGCGCACGGAAACGCUGGCGCGAUACCAUCACGGAGCGAGAACGGAAGCGAUAUGAAGGUGUGUGGGCUGCUAACAAAGGCAUGUAUAUCUAUAACUCCCCUAACGCCCAGCACCCUCCCUCACCAUCCCGCACCGAUCUGGAUGUAUCAGACACCGCGCUUCUGGAUGUUGUUGGUGUAGUGACGAAGGAGAUAUGGGCUCGAAGUCGUUUGCCUGAACAUGUGCUGGAGGAGGUGUGGGAUUUAGUGGAUGGAAGGGGGAUGGGGAGGUUAAGGAGAGAGGAGUUUGUGGUGGGCAUGUGGUUGAUUGAUCAGAGACUUAAGGGUAGGAAGUUGCCGCUUAGAGUUAGUGAGAGUGUUUGGGGGAGCGUGAGGGGGGUAGGUGUUAAGGGUUAGAUGGUAUGGUAGGGUUAUAAGUUUAGAGAGAUACCCAGUAUUUUUAUGACGACCUGCUGGCUUUAGAUAUAGUGGGUUGGGUUUGAUAGCUCAUGCUUGGAAUUACUUCAUUUGUGGUGCACUUGUAUGGGUAGAGGCUAGGAAUAACAUUGGGUAAAUUCGAUGUCAUGAUA